AUGGAGCGGCUGGCCUUCCAAAUAUCUAUCCGAAGUCAAUCCAACCUGUUCCAGCGACUUCCGGCUGAGAUAAUCCAAUACAUAGCUUGUCUACUGCCAAGUGAUGCUGAUGUUGCACAUCUCUCCUCAUGCUGUGACAUUCUAGCUCAGAAUCUCUUACCUGGGGAAUCGUCUGUCUGGCGAUACCGUUUCAUGAAAUUGUAUGAUACACCCCCAGGCCGGAGUUCCUCUGAACUAAAGAUCGAGUAUCAGACUCGUUCGAUCGUUCUCUCCCAGAAAAUCAGUUUUAGAUUUGGCCAGAAAGAAGAGCAGCUACUAUGGUUGACGGUGAUGCAAGGCAUUCUCCUGGAGGCUCUAACCGUUACGGAGAUUGACGGAGUGGUCUAUUCAAAGACAUUCGAGCGUAUCCGCGAGGCACUUCAGCUUUCUGCUCCAGACAUCCUCAACAGGCCCCUAAGCGGCUAUGGAAACACGAAACCAGACCGUCCGUCGGAUCUAUUUUGCGGUCUUCAACUGUGUCUAACCGGCCUAGCGCUUGACCCAAAAAUGUCCGUUCGUUGCCUCCGAACAGACUACGAUAUUGCAGACGUCUACUCUUACCAAACUGAGAUCACGAGACCAUUUAUUGAUAUAAAGAAGCUAGAGCUACCGACCAUUUUGCAUAUCCGCAAUUUCUGGGUGCGGCAUUUGCUGAGCCCUAAUGAAGCUACUUACUGCACUUCUUACGCAAAGCUACCUGUAGACCAAAGACCCAGGGUAUGGUCUACUAUCAAGGAAAACGUGGAGCUGGGCACCAACUGGGUGGGUUACUGGUUUCUUUCAAAUCAGGUCAGACCUGAACACCUUGAACUGGCCACCUGA